GGCGACCGUUGCACCGUUGGCCCCGCGGCCGCCGUUUCGCGCACGCGCUCCUCCUCCAAAAGCGAAGAGCCCCUCUGAGCGCCCCGCCCCCUUCCCUUCCCCUCUUCUUCCAGUGGUAGAGGAGGGGAAGGGAAGUGGGCGGGGAAAGAGACAGAGAGACUUAUAGAAAGGGAAAGAGCCUCAAUUCACGUCCGCGCCUGCGCGUCAGCCAGAACGGAAGUGAUUACGAUUCGGCCGGGCCGGCUCGAGAGCCUCUCGAGGAUUCCGCUUCCGGUUCCUUCUUCGCGUCUGCCGGCUCGGGAGACUCUCAGUACCUGGAAGCGGCGGCGGCGGCAGCAGCAAGAUGAGCUACGAGCACCGCCGGGAUAGGGGCCGCGGGGGCGGGCCCCGCGCUUCGCAGUCGUCGACGUCGUCGUCUGGCCGCGGCGGAGCUGGAGGCGGCGGAAGAGGUGGUGGUGGUGGCGGCGGCGGCGGCCGGGGCCGACCCCCUCCGCACCUGAAGGGCCGCGAGAUUGGCCUGUGGUACGCUCGGCGGCAGGGCGAGAAGAGCAAAGAGGCCGAGAGGCAGCAGGUGGGUGAGGGGGGGAGGCUUCAGGGUGUCCGGCCGAGCGCUGCCUGCCCGUCGUUUGCGCCCUCAGGAUGUGUCGUUGCGGGACCCUUGAGGAGGGUGGCGCUUGAGAGAAGAGGCCUCCGGUGAAGCCCUUCGUUCCUGAGGAAUUUACCUGUCGGCCCGCUCCUUUUGAAGGUGGCCACAUCCAAGAGGCCCUUUGAAAGCUGGUGCGGCGCGCCUGCCUAUCUCGUUCUUCCUGACCGCGCUGGGGAAUAAUAAUAAUAAUAAUUUAUUAUUUAUACCCCGCCCAUCUGGCCGAGUUUCCCCAGCCGCUCUGGGCGGCUCCCAAUCAGUGUUAAAAACAAUACAUCAUUAAAUACUAAAAACUUCCCUAAACAGGGCUGCCUUCAGAUGUCUUUUAAAGAUAAGAUAGCUGCUUAUUUCUUUCACAUCUGAAGGGAGAGCGUUCCACAGGGUGGGCGCCACUAUCCAGAAGGCCCUCUGUCUGGUUCCCUGUGACCUCAUUUCUCUCAAUGAGGGAACCGCCAGAAGGCCCUCGGCGCUGGAUCUCAGUGUCCGGGCAGAAUGAUGAGGGUGGAGACGCACCUUCAGGUAUACAGGACUGAGGCCGUUUAGGGAAAUAACAAUAUCAUCAUCAUCAUUUUAUUUGUGUGCUGCCUUUCCAUAGUUAAAACAAUGCUCAAGACGGCUUACAGCAUGACAAGAUUUACAUACCGUAAUUACCAACAUAAGAAAAGUUAUAAACAGUAAAUAAAACACAUCAGAAAGUACACAGCCAAAUGGAAAACAAUGUCCACAUAAUUCAUAAAAUCGAAAACUAAGAAUACAGCAUUAAUAUCAAUCACAGUUUAAAAUGACAUAGAUAAAAAUAAAAGCAAUUUUAAAAACAAAAACUCAACCCUCUCUGCCCAGCAGCAGCAGAAGCACUCCUUUAUGGAGCUGUCAGGCCCCGCCCCAAGCCAGGUGGAAAGAAGCAGGGCAGGGCCCUUCAGGCUCCCAGCAGAAAUAGAAAGACAACUCUUCUGCCCAGUCCUGUCCCCCAUCAGUCGGAGUGACUGGCCCAAGGCGGCAAAUCUCACACCACUUUUUGCGAGGUUUGGGGUGUUGGGACAUCCAAUUUCCCAUCCUGUCUGCCAAAUGUGUGCACCCCCACCCCCCACUGGUAGCAGUUUCUGAGUCAAGAGCAAGGGAAGGGCAUUGCAGUAAUCUUAUCAAGGGUUGUAGCCAUUGCUGCAUGAGUGGCGUCCUGCUUCUGCAGCAGGGCUUAUGGUUUCUUUCCUCUCCCCAUGUAUGCCCCAAAUCGGCUCCAGUGAGCCUCUCAACUCUCUAAGGCAUAUUUUGAGGAUUGGGGGUUUGGCUACAAGUUGAGAGGAAGGGGAUGACAGGUCAGACUUUUAAAAUAAGUUUGAAGAAUGUCCCGCAAACAUGCCCCACAAGGUACAUUUGUUGUGGCUGAUGCCUUUCUCAUUUGUAUGAUGCUUAAAAGAACCUCUUUGAGCAUUGAAUAGUUGUAACCGUGUAUAUGCCACUCAGGUGGGUAUAAAAUAAACAAUAGCAUUCAUUUUCCUCACAUGUAUGUAUGAAAGGAAAUGUUCUUCCAUAUGGAGAAGAUUUGUGUGCAGGUGUCCUAUGGUGUAUGCUGACAGAGAAUUUUACUGUGUGUUUCUGUUAGAGAUAGUGAAGACUUUCUCAACUUUGUACAGAAACAUUAAAUUUAAAGUAUAGUAGUAACUUGACAUAUCCUUAGUAUUUAGAAUAUGUAGUCCUCCUUUUACAAUAUUGAGGAGUGUCCAUCAUUGAGAUAAUUGGAGCAAGAUUUUUGAGCAUGGAAUAUGUUAUACUUUAAGAUUUUGUUAAAAUCCAUUGUUCUUUCCAUAUAUAGAGAGCUGUGGUGCGUAUGGAUGAGCGCAGAGAAGAACAGAUUGUACAGUUGCUGAACACUGUCCAGAGCAAAAAUGAAAAAGAACAAGAAGCCAUGUCUUGGUGGUCUGAUGAAGAAGGGUAAUAAUAUUUUUUUUCUUUCAGGUCAAAUGUUAGCAGUAUGUUUUGCAGUAAGCAAACCAACUGAAGAGUAGUUUGCAUUAUAAAAUAGUUAAACACGCCAUUCUAUGUUCUGUUUUGCUAUCAAACGCUAUAGUAAUUUGUAUUCAGUUUCAUUUGUUUUCGUGCUUAAUAUUCUUAUGGAACAUCACAUCACAACAGUAUUUCUAAAUUGGGAAAUAUUGGCCAUUUGGAAUAAUAAUGACUAAAAUACAGGCAAACCCUGUUUUAGGCACAACCAAUAUGUGCACAGCGCCAAAUCUGGAAGUAGCCUGUAGUCUGUAAUAGUCUGUAAUAAAAGACAUCACUAAAGGGUGGGUCAGGGGCAGAGUGGGUUGUUUGCAGGCUGUUUCAGUUGCACACAAUUUCACAAUGACCUGGAAUGCACCCCCUGCACAAAUCGGGGGUUGCCUGUAGCUAGUGACAUUUAUUGAGCUACUUUCAUCUCAGGUUUUUGUUUGUUGUGCCUUGCAACUUUGUGGCCUCUUGGGGAUUAUACAACAUGGGGUAUAACUGGGAUAGUGCUGUGGCAAAAUAUCAGUGUGGUGUGGUAGGGAGGAAAAUCCAGGCAAGCAGAGCAGUGAGUUCUAAUUGUAGAGUUGGAAGGGACCACUAGGGUCAUCUAGUCCAACCUCCUGCAAUGCAGGGAUCUUUGCUCAACAUGGGGCUCAAACCCACAGCCCUGAAAUUAAGAGUCUCAUGCUUUACCGAUGGAGCUAUCUGCUUGCCAGCUGCCACCUAAGUUGUUUACAGGAUGGGAUCACGUAUUUACUCAUAGCUGGACACAGGACUGUAGAUCAAAACUAUAAAUACCAAAUUUAUCUACUGAUGUGUGUUUCUUAGAGCUGGAUGACUUAUGCUUAACCACACCUUUUCCAGGUACACAAAGGAGACCCCUCCAAAACCAAAGCCUGUUGUGGAAAAACCUGUUGUUGAGAGGGCGCCAAAAAGAACUAGACCAAUAUUGGAAAAAACAUUCCUUGAUCAAGAUUCAGAAUAUCUCUUAGAAGAAAAUAAACCUGAUGUUGAUUUAGAUGAGCAACUUAAAGAAGAAUUGAAAAAGAAAAAAACUGAUUCCAGAUAUAUUGAAAUGCAGGUAGCCUCCAGAGAAGAUUUUGGGGCAUGUUGAGGGCAGGAGGGGAAGAUGAAGCUCUGUUGCACUAGUGUAUUCCCAUUUGUACUAUUCUAGAUCUCUGAUUGUAUCUACCUCAAUAGAAGUUUGCUUAAAUGCUUUUGGCUAGAAAUUAUAGCUGUCAUUUAUGAAUUAAUAUAUGUGGAAACCCUGAGCUGGUUUUUUAUGCUGUAUUUCAUCUAGUAGCCAAGAUGAUGAUCUGAAUUAAAUUAUAGGGUAUAAUGGGCAGCCCAGUCAUGUGGGCUUGCUGUCAAGAGCUCUCCACCAGCUUCAUAUUUAGGUUAUGAAGAUGAACCAGAUAUAUUUUUGUACACUGCCUUGGAAUCUUCUGAUGAAGGGCAGCUACAUUUCCCCCCCAAAAUAAAUAGUAUUUUUAUUCCAUUUUUAUCCUUACUGCAGUGAGAGGCACAGGAACUUUAAAAACCUCAAGGAACUUGCUUAGGAACACAGUCAGAGGUUGAUACAGUUCUAGUUCCUCUUCUCCUUUAGUGGAAAAGGCAAGCAUUAAUGUUGUGUUGCAGCUGAAUACAUUUAUUGUUAAUAUAUAUGAUUCUCAGCGUCUUAGAUGGAACAUUAACGUGCUUAAAAAAAAAUAGGUUGGUGCUUCAGUUCUUAGCUUAACAGCAUCACUAAUCGUAUUCAACUUGCUAAACAAAUUUAUAAAUAUCUAUUAUAAAUAUACUCUAUUUUCACUUAUUUUUUCUUUACUUUGCAGAGAUUUCGCGAGAAGCUGCCUUCUUAUGGAAUGAGAAAGGUAAAUACAUACCUUGAAUAUGAGCCUUUUUGUCUUAACUCAGAUGAGCAUUAAGAUUUGGAAAAGAAAAAUAUUUGAUGAAAUGUUGAAAGGCAAUGAGAAUUUAGUGGGAAAUGUUUGUGUGUUCUACUGUGUAGAGAAGCACCAUUAAACAAUUUCAGUCCCUGGUGUAUUUUUUAUAGAGUGGGUAAUGUUCAGUGCAUAAUUGAACGAGGGCAUGGAAGCAUAUCUCCACACAGCAGAGUGAUUACUGUGUUUAAUUUUUUUUUUUUUAAUAGGAGCUUGUAAACAUCAUAAAUAGCAGUCGGGUAACUGUUAUAAGUGGUGAAACUGGCUGCGGAAAGACAACUCAAGUUACUCAGUUCAUCUUGGAUGACUAUAUUGAGCGAGGGAAGGGGUCUUCCUGCAGGAUUGUAUGUACUCAGCCUAGAAGGAUCAGUGCUAUCUCUGUAAGUGACAUUUAUAUCUGUUCUGGGAUAAAGUAACCAUAUUUACAAAGAAGAAAACAUUAACAGAUUUUCUUUAAUGUUAAGGUAGCAGAGAGAGUUGCGGCAGAAAGGGCUGAAGUAUGUGGUAAUGGAAAGAGUACAGGAUAUCAAAUUCGGCUUGAAAGGUACAUGAGUAUUUCUUGUUAGUUUUUAUACUUGAAGAAUGUCUAUGCACAGACUAGAGUGGGCAUAUGUUUUAGCAUCCCUUCUGUGCUGUUACUUACCUAGGGGGUUCUCCUUCCACAGAUGCAGCGAUGUAACUUUUGGUGACAAAAUUAGUAACCUGUCCUGUGAAUAAUUGUGUCAGCGCAAAUGCUUAUUGGCUGGGCUGUAAGAUUUCAUAUGAGGUAUUUGUGUAUAUAGCCAUGCAGACAGAGCUCCAUCUGAUAAGCUGCACCGGGGGAAUGGUAUUUUCAUGUAUUUUCAGGUGUUAAUUAUUCCACCUGGAAUUUUGCUGUCACAAAUUGUGGGUGUUGCCACAAAUAGGAAAACUGUACCACAAAUAUUUAUGAGGAAUUGCUACAAAUACAAUACAUUGUCAAGUAGAGCACCAAUCAGGCAAGGCCACCCACUUGCCUUUGAAUUGACUGUCCUCACAAGACUUACUUUUCGCUGCAACUUUUAUUCUGCUAAGCUGCUGUCAAGUUCCUCUAGAAGUGUUCCUCUAGAAGUAAUGUGUAUAUAUAAAACAGGUGAGCAACCAAGAAAGAAACAGUGGCAUUUGUGUGUGUUGUUUGGAUUAGCAACAACUUGUAAAAUGGGUUAAUUAAGCAUUGUUGUGUCAUACCUUAGACAUUCUGUUUGUUGGCUGCAUGCUGAGCAUACCAUGAAGCCAAACUAUGCAUGCUUUCUCAGAAGUCCAGUUGACUUCAACUAAGCUCACUUCCAAAUAAGUGUGUAUACUGCAGCUUUUAUUUUCGUAUUGCACAACCAGACAUUGGAUGCUUGAAUCUUAGUAAGUGAGUACAGCUGAAGGUGUACUGUCAUUAUAACACUUAAAAGUAUCUUCUUGCUUUUUCAAAAGCAAUAUCAAGAGGAACUGAAGUAUUGUUUUUAAUGGCUAUCUUUCAGCCGGUUGCCAAGGAAACAAGGCUCAAUUUUGUACUGCACAACAGGAAUUGUCCUACAGUGGCUCCAGUCAGAUAAGUAUGUGUUUCUCUGUUUCAAAAGAAAAUUUUGAAUGCGUUUCCUCAAAGCUUUAUCAGCUGCUGCUAAUAGUUGUAUUUGCUGUACUCAUUUCCAUUUAUUUCAUAUCUGCUGAUUAACAUUUUGUUUCUUAUGAAUAUAGGGGGUUAUCAGUUCUGUGCUUCUUUUGUUGUAGGGAGUUGGCCAGUGUUAGUCAUGUAAUCCUUGAUGAAAUCCAUGAGAGAAAUCUCCAAUCAGAUGUUUUAAUGACCAUAAUCAAAGAUCUGCUAAGUGUACGACUCGACUUGAAAGUCAUAUUGAUGAGUGCUACGCUGAAUGCCGAGAAGUUCUCAGACUAUUUUGGUGUGUGAAAUUACCUACAUUUUUACAAGUGUAAUAAUCCCCUGUAUUUUGCUAUGAACGUUGGAAGCAUCAUAGUAUAACAAAAUACAGGUGUCUUCCUUCUUAUGGGGUUACAAUCCAGGCUGCCGCUGCUUUCUCACUUGUCAGCUGUUAGGCGGGGAGGCUGAGCAGCAUCAAUAAAACCCCGCUGCAUCACCAGCUCAUGAGGAGACCGUCCCCGGAGCUCAAAGAGAAUGUCCUCUUUGGGGUCUGGGGAGAGUCUCCUCACGAGCCAGAAGGACUUUCCAGCUCGCUUCCACCACUUCCGGGUUUCAGGUAUCGCACAUGUGCACAGUUGUGCAGAAGUGUGGAGUUGCCUGUACUUCUGAAAAUAAAUAGACAAAAUAUAUGCUGUUUAUUUUUUAAAUUUAUCUCUGCAUGAAAUGAAAUGCUGAAUACUUGCCAUUUUCAUGUAAUAGUUCUAUGACACACAUAUUGUGGUAUAACUAUUCUUUGUCAGAAUCAGUUUAUCAGGUGAAGUAUCAUAUUCUGUGUGCAAUAAACAUUUUACUUCAGUGAACAAUAUCUUUGGCAGCAUUUUGAACACUUGAGUUCAUGCCAAGGAUAAUUUAUACUCCACCCAUCUUGCUGGGUUUCCCCAGCCACUCUUGGUGGCUCCCAACAGAAUUUUAAAAACAGAAUCAAACAUUAAAAACUUCCCUAAACAUUCUAAAUCCCUUUGGUCUUUCUAGUAGAAUAAAAACAACCUAACUAGCUUUUUUGAUUUCUAGAACAAUAGCAUUAAAAAAAAAUGUUUUAUUUGGAUAAGCUUCAUGCUUCUAGCUAUUCUGUAAAUUGUGUCUUGUAUCUUUUUUUCAAGCAUGAUGCAGUUUGCUAAAAUAUAGGUGAUGUAAUAUAUAUUUUCCCCUUUUUAUACAGACAGUUGUCCUAUGAUCCAUAUUCCUGGAUUCACCUAUCCUGUCAAGGAGUACCUUUUGGAAGAUGUAAUUGAGAAGCUACGGUUAGUGUGAAGACGAUUCCUCUUAGUUCCUUUUUACAUUGUGGCAUUAAAACUCAGAAUUUGGACGUAUAAUGAUUCCUGACUUCUCCCAAUAUGAAGACUAUAUUGAGAUAUUUAGAAUGAUUUUAAAAAAAAUUUUACUUAAUGUGCAAACAUUAUUACUGAAUGCUAUAUUUAUUUCUGAAGAUACAUUCCAGAAAGUACGGAUCGCAGACCACAUUGGAAAAAGAGGUUUAUGCAGGGGCACAUAAGCAGGCCAGAAAAGGAAGAAAAAGAAGAAAUUUAUCAUGAGCAGUGGCCAGAUUAUUUGAAGCAGCUGAGAGGACGGUAGGGUUAUUUUUCACUUUUGUACAACUUUCAGAUUUUUGUUACAUAUGUGACAGACACUUUAUAGCUGCAAUCCUAGCACUUUCUAGGGAGCAAACCAUAUUUGAUGUUUUAGUUUGCUGGAAGCCACCCAGAGUGGCUGGGGCAACCCAGCCAGAUUGGUGAUAUAUAAAUAUAUUACUAUUAUUAAACACAGUAGAACUUCUGAAUAAACAUGCAGUUUAUCUGUUUAAGAGAGACUGAGAUUUGUUCUGUGCUUAAAAGCAAAUAGGAUCCAGUCUGUUUUGUUGCCUUCUUUCAGCAGUUUCUUCUGUUGAUCUGUGUUUAUUUUAACCAGUCUCCUUUUUUUGCUGUUUGUAUAAAACAAGAGCCUGUGUGCUUGUGCUAAACAUAACUAUAGCACAUAUGGUUAAAUAAUGCUUUUUAUUUGUACGUGAUUUCUAGGUAUUCAGAAAGUACAAUUGAUGCAUUGGGAAUGAUGGAUGAUGAGAAAGUUGACCUUGAUUUGAUUGCAGCACUGAUCAAGUACAUUGCUCUUGAAGAAGAGGUGAGUUUCAACUUGGCUAAAUAUGGCUUCACUUUUUAAAUUAUUUCCUCUUCUUAAUUAGAUUAGAUGCAACCUAAUUAAACUUAAUUGAUUCUAAAUCUGCUAGAUUUCAAGAGAAGAGACUUAAGCACUUACUUAACCUUAACCCUUACUAAAAUAAAUGGAACUUAAAAAGGCUUAAAUUUGACUCAUGCUCAUCAUAAUUAAAAAACAAUAUAAGUUGGUGUUGGCUUUACACAAUGAUUGUAGAGGAAAAUUAUUUUGUAAGGAAUUGUUUUCGUAGAAUUUUUGUAGGCAACUGUGCAUGCGAUGCAUAUGAAAUCACAGGGAUUAAUAUAAAGUUCUUCUCCCUGUAUGUGUUAAUACUAAUACAUAAAGUUGUUUUCACUGUCUUUUUUUAAAAUGUUGUUUAUAUGUUACAAGAGUUGAUUAUAUGAUUGAAGAAUUAUUAAACUAUUGUUUGUUGUUGGCCAUGGUCCUGUAUCUUUGGCUCUACUAAAGAAAUAUUCUUAAUACUAGGCACGAUCACUGCACCACCACAAUACUGCAAACAGUGGCUAUGAUAAUGUUGUUGUAUUCCAGUUACAUCAUAGUAGAAAUUCAAGAGUUGACUGGAAUCUUAACUACAGUGGUACCUCUAGUUACGAACUUAAAUUCUUUCCGGAGGUCCAUUCUUAACCUGAAACUGUUCUUAACUAGAGGCGUGCUUUUGCUAAUGGGGCCUCUUGCUGCCGCUGCGCCGCCAGCACACAAUUUCUGUUCUCAUCCUGGGGCAAGGUUCUCAACUCGAGGUAACUUCCAGGUUAGCAGAGUUUGUAACCUGAAGUGUUUGUAACCUGAGGCUUUUGUAACUCGAGGUACCACUGUACUCUGUUGACAAACAAGCAAAGACAACAGCUACAAAUGUUUUUCUGUGCUUGUGUGUUAAAGUCAAUACUGCACUAAUCUUAGAGAAAAAAUUGAGUAAAUGCUUUUCAGAACCAAAUCACACAUCCUUUGGCUUCAACAGGAUAUUUCAAUGUCUCUUGCUCCCAAGCAAACAUUUCAGGGACUAGAAUGUUUGUUUUGUACUAAGUUCUAGCUUAAUCCCAUUUUAUUUAACACCAUAAGUUUUGAAAAUAGAAGAUAGUAUUUUAAGAUAGUUUUUGAGCAAUAAUGUCUUUCAUGUUGCUUCACAUAAUAAAAUUGCACAUAUGCAGAUAAUACUGCCUUCACGAUUACCAAUGCUUUCAAUGGUAUUUUGGCGCUUUGCUCUAUUCCCUGAAAAAAUGUGAUAGUGGCAGUAGUGUUACUGGGGGACAAAAGUUAUUCAGAAUCAAGUGUUUCUGCUGCAUAUAAUUUUCAAAUUGCAAAUAAUAUUAAGCAUGUGUUUUCACAAUUUGCAGUUGCAAAGUUUUAGAAAUACCAAAAAUAGAGUUUACAGGUUGAAUUGGAUACAAUACUUAAUCCCUGGUUUGCUUGCACAUCUGAAUCUGCCCCAGUGGGAUAAUCAUGGCUUGUUUUUGGCUAGCAAAUCAUGUUCUGAAACCCCAUGGUUUAAAAUUGGUGCCUGAAUCUUGGUUUAUGUUAACUGUAGUCUUCCAUUACAUCCAAGUUCUGUACUCUGGUUUAAUUCUAAUUCGUUGUGUUGCCCCUUCCCUGCCACCAAUCUGAGUGCACGGAUGCAAGACUCAAACAAAACUACUUGUGCAGCUAAGAGUUUCUUGCUGGCCUUUUCACAGACCUCUGUACCCUCCUCAUCCUACCAGGCAACAGACUGAUUGCACCACUCAUUUUGUAAACAAGCUGACUAUUCAAAGAGGAGGUGAGACCCUGUGGAGGGGGCACAAAUCAACAUUAGGUGAAACAAACUAAAUUUGUGAGCGGGAUCCAAACUUCCUAAAUUGUGGCUUAACAACAUGUCUGAACGUGGCCAUGAUGUGUGCUUUAUGGGUUGAACUGUGCAUCCAUGUUGGAUAAUCGAUUUCUCCAUGUACCUGUGUUCAUGCAGGAUGGUGCAAUACUUGUAUUUCUCCCUGGAUGGGACAACAUUAGCACUCUAAAUGACCUUCUGAUGUCUCAAGUUAUGUUUAAGUCAGGUAAAUCAUCUUCUUUGAUUUUCUUUAAAUAUUCUGCUGCAAACUAGGGGUUUUCUUUAUAAACUGUUACCCAAACCCUUCUAGCACCUUUUGGCAGCACUAUCAACACAGCAUCAUAGAUUGUAAAUUGUGCCAGCAUAACUGUUGAUGUUCACCAUCCUAAGCAUGUGCAAGUUGGCAGACAAGUUCAGAAUUCAGCUACCCUUUUCAAAUGAAUGUUGGCCUACAUUAAAUAAUCUUAAAUUAGGAUGAGCAGUUAAAUUAGCACUGUCAAGAUGCUUCAGUAACACUUGGAGGGCAGGGUUCUCUGUCCCCAAAGCCUACUGAACUUCUCUAGCUGCCAUUCUGAGCCUCUGCCCCUCUUCCUGUUGCCCUGCAGCUUUCUCCUUUGCAUGACUUCCAGAACCAUAAUUCCCACUGUCUUUCUUAAAAAUGCAUUUGAAUGCAAUGCAAUGGUUGAACCGGUGUCCCAACAGCCACUGCAGGGGACCAGUAAGUGAUAGCACCUGGGGUGGCAUGUCAGUUACAGUGUUGGCUGGUAAAUCCCCCUAACGCAGGCAUGGCCAAACUUGGCCCUCCAGCUGUUUAGGGGCUACAGUUCCCAUCAUCCCUGACCACUAGUCCUCUUAGCUAGGGAUGAUGGGAGUUGUAGUUCCAAAACAGCUGGAGGGCCAAGUUUGGCUGUGCCUGCGAAUAAAUUGGUUACUGUUAAAUGUAAAGGAUAGCAGUCUCCAUCCUUAAUGUGGUUUUGCAUGAUGACAUCGCACAAACAUAACCCACUGUGUAACAAAUCUUUCAAAGAUGUUUUUUUUUUUUUUUUUUAAAGCAAUUUAUUGGGUUUUACAGUAAGAAUAAACAUAGUAAACAAUAUAACAUUUGUCUUAACAUAGUUUCACAUUUUCUUUGGACUUCCUCACAUCUCCCGCUCCCACUUUCAUCGUUAUAACAUUUUGUCAGCAAUUUAUCAUCUUAUUUAAAUUCUUAUAUCUCUUCAAUAUUUCAUAAUCUUAUGGUUCUCAUAGAGAGUUAAACUUUCACAGUCUUACUUAUUUUCUUAAAAACUUCUAAGUUAAGUGGUGCUCAGUUAUUUAGUCUAGCAUCUUAUUUAGCAUUCGCUCAAAUCACAAUAUUUUUGUAGAUAGUUCUUAAAAAAUCUUUCAAAGAUGUUGAGCUUUGCAUUUGCUUUGAGAGCAGAUCAGUUUAUUUGGGUGAAUCAAAUGGAUAGCUGUUAAUGAUUCUAGCAAUAAAUUUAAAAUAUUCAAAGGUUUAAUUUUAAUUUUACCUAACAAGCUGCUGACCUCAAAGACUUUUUCAGUUUAAUGCUACAAGGCAAUAUUUAAGGCAAAAUAUAGAAAGGUUGCGAAUUUUGUUAUUGGCAAAAUAAAAUGAAUAUAUAAACUAGUGCUUUCAAAAAUAUUAUUUGUAACAAGAAUCUGUGGCUUCUUGAAGAAAAUAGUUCAUUUUUCCUACAACUGUACCUCAUUUAUAUUCUUAAAUUUCUCUAGAUUUUCAGUUUUUCUUUCAAACUGAAUUUUACUUAGAGUAGUACCAUAAUGCCGAUUUUAUUUUUCAGAUAGGUUCGUUAUUAUACCUCUGCAUUCGUUGAUGCCUACUGUUAACCAGACCCAGGUAAGCUUUAUAAUUAGCAGUGGUCGUUAUUUUGGUAUAGAGUAUUCUAAAUCUGUUUUCAGUUUUUUAAACUAAAGUAGAAUGACUGCAACAGCUGUGCCUUCACAUAACUUACUUGGUUAGAUCCAGAGAAAUGCUGGUGGAAAUGCUGGGUAGAAGAUAACUUCUGGGAACAAAUAUGCCUCUGAUUUUCAGUCCCCACCCCAUAACCCACCUUGUUUAGCAGGGUCUCACAACCCUUUAGUGAGGUAUUUGGGGUGACUACCGCUAAGAUGAGGGAGGCAGGGAGGUCAUAUUCCAUCCUCCCCACUUCCCCUUGUUUCUCUGAACUCAACUGCAUAUGUUUAUUUGUUGCCCAAUCAUAUUUAUUAUUUUAAGUAACAUUAAAAUACUGAUUUCAGCCUUACUAAGCAGCAAGGAAGGGAUCAAUUUUUUAUAUUGUGGAGUCUCCAUGUCCUUGGAAAUUGGGACCAAAGUGUGGGCUCAUCUGCCAAUAAUAAUAAUAAUAAUAAUAAUAAUAAUAAUAAUAAUAGAACACAAUGUCUCAACUGGGCUGUGCCAUGCCUGUUAAAACAUGGGACGCUUCAAUCCACCUGCUUUUCAAGAGAUCAUAUCCUUUAUUCCAAAAAACUGUUUUCUUCUUGGAUUGCUGUUGUAAUAAUACCUUAAUAAAAUGUUUCAACUAUCCAUUAAUGUGUAAUUGCUCUGGUGUUUAAAUUUAGUGAUGAGUGUAUGCAUGUGCAUGUCUUGACUGAAAGAAAUUAAAUUAAGUAAACAAAUAUUAGGAUGAGAAAGAAAUUUCUGGAACAAACACUUUUUCUCUUUCUGAUUUUGUUUUUGUUUUUCUUUAGGUUUUUAAAAGGACCCCCCCUGGAGUCCGUAAAAUUGUAAUUGCUACCAACAUCGCUGAGACUAGGUAAACCUUUCUGCUUCUAGCAAUUCUUGAAAUUAACUUGUUGGCAAAAAAUAUUUUCAUUAAAAGUGUAAAUUAAAAUGUUUAAUUCCUUUAUGUGGUGGAACAAGUAAUAAAAUAAAUUAAAAAUAUGUACAAUGAAGCUGCUUUUCCACUUUGGAUUCGUCAGAUAGUUUAAUGUGAAAAUUUAGUGUAGAAUGCAUAUGCUGUACAAGGGAAAGCAACACAUUCUCUCAUGGAUAUCAGAGGUCUCUUGAGUGCUACCCAAUUAAUCCAUGGAGUUUCUUUUUGAACGCUGGCACUUUUAAGCACAAUGCCUGCAAUGUUUCCCCCCCUUUUUUUCCUCCUGGAGCCCAAUAAAAAGUUUGGGGGGGGGGGGAGAUAAAGGCCGAGGUAAACAAUGUUUUUGCAUUUUCCUUUUGGAGAGGAAAAAUAACAGAAAAUGCAAGCAGGUAUGGAAAGUGGAGGGGAGGUAAAAUUAGAAAAAAAUGGCUUAGUGCAGAGCAAGAGAUCAUGAGAAGAUGUGCUUAGAGUUUAGACAGGAAGCGGACUGAGCCUCAAGAGGAGAGGAGCAACAGCAAAGCCUUGCCUUGAAACUUUGGCAUUUCCUGACUUGGAGCUGCAGGGGGAGCUGUAUUCAUUAAGAAAAACUGUUUACAAUAUGAUCAACAGUUCCUUUUCGGCUUUUAUAAAUUGGCUUCAGCAUUAAGCAAUAUCUGAUGGCCUGUGGAAUAAGUUAGGUGUUGAAACUGACCCUCAUCCCUAAGUGCACAUGAAGCUAGGCAAAAGAAGUUAUAACCCAGACUCUUCCCUCCUCAAUAUCCAUUACACUGACAGUUUGGGAAUUACAUAGGAGUGCUGCCUAGACUUGAUUGCUUGUUGGAAAACCCCAAGGCCUAACAGUUUCCAUUAAGCAUGCUUACAGCUGAUUAUCCUAAGGCUCCAGCCCAAAACAUGCUUGCUUAAAAAUAGAACUUAUUUCCAGAUUAGCAUGCUUAAUGUUGUUUUAUGUAGCUAGUACUAGAACUGAAGUUAGACAGGUGCCUGCUGUCUUGAUGAUUAGAUCUAAAAACCUUCCCUUAAGUAUGACCCAGUCAUCUUAUGGGCUAUUAAUUGUAUCAAUGUAAAAAUUGGUCUAUUGUUAGUUUUUUGUGUAUUUUACCUCCUUUAUCUUUUUGCACACUACUGCAGUAGUUUGUGGCUGUGAAGUGGUUUAUGAAUCUGUAAAAUAAUAAUAAUAAUAACAUAAGCAUGUCUGCUGACAGUCUUAGCUUCUGACAUGUUCAGUUUGUCUUGCUUCAGUCUGAGCAUUUUUAGCUUUUUGGUUUUCUUGCAGACUUCACUCCUUGGUGGAUCUGUGCUUGUUACGUAAGAAAUAGCAAAACUGUAGCAAGUGGUAGUCUCUGUUCAUUACGAUUGAUUGCAGGACAAUUUGUGUGUUUCAUAAGGGGCAAUUUCUUUUACAGAUUGACGUAAUCAAUGCAGAUUGUCUCUAUUUGAUGUACAAAAGCUAACCAUUUCUUCCUGCUUCCCAUUUCUGCAGCAUCACCAUAGACGAUGUGGUAUACGUUAUAGAUGGAGGAAAGAUAAAGGAAACUAACUUUGAUACACAGAACAACAUUAGCACGAUGGCUGCAGAGUGGGUUAGCAAAGCAAACGCUAAGCAGAGGAAAGGUAGAGCAGGAAGGUAAGAGUAAUCUAUUGUAACAGAAUGGACAGAAGCAGGGAAACCUUGGCUAUUGCAAUAAUGAACAUUUUCAAAUAUUUAAUAAAAAAAUUAUUUAAAGUUUACUUUAAAGACAUUAAUUUUCCCCCUCACUUUGCUGACUUUAUUGAUUAAUCUGAAGCUUUUCCUUUAGUGACUUUAUUUGCUGGCUUAGUUUUUUGUUUUGUUUUUUGCCCCUUUGAUAUUUAAUUUUUAUAGACUGAAUACCCAAAGUGGUGUGGUGGAGCCCAGUGCAUUUUAGAUUGGAGCAUGAAUAGAUUGGAGCAUCCUCUUGUAUCAUCAAACCUUUGAUAUAGGAGGCUCUAACCUGCAAAACCUCAUACCAGAAUACUUCUGUUAGCCUUUAAGCAGUUAACAGGAAUUUCUUAGGGUUCUUUUUUUACUUCCAUGGUCCAACACGACUGUUCUUCAGGGAUUUAAACUUAGUUUUAGAAGUUAAAGUAGUUCAGCAGCACGAUCCCUCUAUUACAGUCUAAAAAUACCAUAUAAAAAAAAAUUCUUCACUAUCUUGACAUUUGCAUUGUUUGUAUUUGUUGAACUCCUUCAAAUAAAGUCUUAAGACAUAGGACUAUAGGCACAGCACAUAUGCCUAGUUGAUAUGUAUAGGUCUUGUAGCCUGAUAUUCUUGCUCCCUAUGUGAAGAUGCUGUGCGAGCGGAGGUUGAGCUCUUGAGCACAAAUAAUUGGUAGUGAGUUAAUGUACAUGUAGAGGGACGCGGGUGGCGUUGUGGUCUAAACCACAGAACCUAGGGCUUGCUGAUCAGAAGGUCGGUGGUUCGAAUCCCCGCAACAGGGUGAGCUCAUGUGGGUGGUCCCAAUUCCUGCCCACCUAGCAGUUUGAAAGCACAUCAAAGUGCAAGUAGGUAAAUAGGUAUUGCUCCGGCGGAAAGGUAAACGGCGUUUCCGUGCGCUGCUCUGGUUCACCAGAAGUGGCUUAGUCAUGCUGGCCACAUGACCUGGAAGCUGUCUGUGGACAAACGCCGGCUCCCUCGGCCUAUAGAGCGAGAUGAGCGCCGCAACCCCAGAGUCGUCCGCGACUGGACCUAACAUUCAGGGGUACCUUUUCCUUUAAUGUACAUGUAGUACAAAUAAAUCAUGUCCUGUAGAUUACUCUCUUAGCAUUUUUUACUCAGUUCAUUUCUCUAGAUAUUACAGUGGUACCUCGCAAGACGAAUGCCUUGCAAGACGGAAAACUCGCAAAACGAAAGGGUUUUUUGUUUUUUGAGCUGUUUCGCAAGACGAUUUUCCCUAUGGGCUUGCUUUGCAAGACGGAAACGUCUUGCAAGUUUGUUUCCUUUUUCUUAACACCGUUAAUACAGUUGCGACUUGACUUCGAGGAGCAACUCAUAGCACGCGGUGUGGUAGCCUUUUUUUGAGGUUUUUGAAGACUUUGGUGAUUUUUGAAGCUUUUCCAAAACUUUUCCGACACCGUGCUUCGCAAGACGAAAAAAAUCGCAAGACGACAAAACUCGCGGAACGAAUUAAUUUCGUCUUGCGAGGCACCACUGUAUCUACUUACCAGAUAGUACAUAAAGAAAAAGAAAGUUCAGCAUCACUAUCCUUGAAGAGUUUUCCUCCACAGUAUUGCUACCUGAAAAUUACUCCCACUAACUUCGGAAGUACUUAAUAUCUUCCCACAUAAUCACUUGGAAAUGAAUUUGCCUAGAACUCUGGUAUUCAAGAGCAUUCUUGAAUACAGAAAAAUGUGUAAUAGGUGCAUAGCUGUUUAGCUGCACAAAGUUGCUUCAGUCAACAGUUUCCAUUCUAUCCUUUGUGAGACCAAUCGGGCGUUACCUUUCACUGCAUUGCAGAUUUGGUGCAAUCCCAUCCUAUAAGGUUAUUGUCUCAUACUGAUUAAAGGGGAGUGCAUUGUGGUCCUUAGUUUUCUGUUGACAUACGUCAGACUGGCAGGUAGAUAUAUCAUCCCUGCCAGCACCAUAUUUGCAUUUAUUAUCCCCUGUGCCAUAUAUAAAAAGAAGCUGGUGUUGGUUUGGUAACAUUUUCUUCAUUUUGUUGCACCCUGCUGCUGUCCUUGAUCAGAUAUGGCGAACAUUCUUUAGCUCAAGGGAUGUGUUCCCUUUCAGGAUUUCAUGCCAGUGGCAAUAUUGGCCAGAGCCAAAAAGGGUGGAGCGACAACCAUGACUCUUACCUUCGAACAGUAGGCUACAUUUCAGCCAUGCAGAAGCCAGAGGUUUAUGCACACACAUAUUUGUGUGUGUGUGUGUGCACGCACACACCUCUUCCUCUAUCUAGGCACAGAACUCUUAAAAGGACGCAUUCUAGCCAGGCAAAAGCACUCAAGGGACAGAGUAGUGCUGAUGAGAGGUGUGGCUUGGGGAAAGUCUUGAGGCCCAUAUUAAGAGGUCUGGAGGGUCUCAUUUUGUGCCUGUGCCUGGGGUUCCCCACCCUUGUCCUAGAUUAUUGCUUCUCUUUAUAAUUGCUUCUUGAUGGUACACUGAGCCAUAGGGUCAGCACCUAAGCUUCUCAUUCUUUCAUUGCAAGUUUUGCAUAAAAGGUAUACUGCUAAGCCACUUUUACUUAUAACACAUCAAUGUUACUACAGUGUCAAAAUAUUUAACUUCCUGCAGAGUCCAGCCUGGUAACUGCUACCACUUGUACAAUGGUCUGCGUGCCAGUUUGUUAGACGAUUAUCAGUUGCCAGAAAUCCUGAGGACACCUUUGGAAGAACUUUGUUUGCAAAUCAAGGUAAUAUACAUAUUAUAUAUACCCUGUUAGGGUAGCCUUUCUGGUAAAGGAUUUUGCAUCAAGCAUAAAGAUUUGGAGUUCGCUCAAGUAGUAUUGAUCCAGAUUAUAUUACUUUAGUGGUUUCUAUUGCCAUCUGUAGCAGAUGGGAUUCUGAGCUCAUAAAAAAGGCUUCUCUUCCAUAUCUAGCAAUGGAUCUACAUUGCCAUAUGAGCCCUGCAGUUCAGCAGGUUGCACUUUUGUCCAUGUGCUUCUAUUGUAUGAAGUGAGGCCAUGUGUGGCAAGGUGGAGAGCUGUUGCUGCAACUGCCUUGAGGCUGUGGAAUGACCUCAGUGAGGAUUGGUGUCAAUCUUGUAUGAUAGUCUUUCAGAGAGAGUGCAAAACUUGCUAGUUCAGAAGGGUGCUGCAAAGUACCAUCUUGUUUCCCAUGCUGUUUAACAUCUACCUGAAGCCAUUGGGAACAGUUAUUAGGAAAUUUGGGGUGAGAUGUCAUGAAUAUGCUGAUGAUACCCUGUUCUCUGUAACAUCUGAAUCAAGAGAGGCACUGUAUCUGGGGCUGCCCCUGAACAGGCAACCCUGUUUAGGGAAGUUUUUAAUGUUUGAUGUUUUAUCUUGUUCUUAAUAUGAUGUUGGGAGCCGCCUAGAGUGGCGGGGGAAACCCAGCCAGAUGGGUGGGGUAUAAAUAAAUAAUAAUUAUUACUACUACUAUUAUUACUAUUACAAUUAUUAUUAUGACUCAGAAGCUGCAAGUAGUGCAAAAUGUGGUGGUUUAACUUCUCAUUGGGGCACAAUAUUAGCAUCAUAUUAUGUUGCUAUUAGCAUCUUACUGUUGUAAGAAUUGCACUGGUUGCCAAUAAGCUACCAGGCUAAGUUCAAAGUGGUGGCUCCCCAUACAAAUAUUGUCUCAUUCUUUCUAUACCCAACCAAUCUCUGUGCUCUGCAUGGUGUUGUAAUCUGGCUUUGAGUGUUAGUAGUAUAUCUGGAGGUACCACUACAGUGGUACCUCCAGUUGCGAAUGGGAUCCGUUCCGGAAUCCCGUUCACAACGUGCAAAGCCUGCAGCCUGAAACGCCAUGUCUGCGCAUGUGCGCGGUGCGAUUUGGCACUUGUGCGCAUGCGCAAAGCGCGAUUUAGCGCUACUGCACAUGCGUGAGCAGCGAAACCUGGAAGUAACCUUUCCUGUACUUCCGGGUCGCCAUGGGACGCAACCUGAAAAAACAUAACAUGAAGCAGAUGUAACAUGAGGUAUGACUGUAACUCCUUUACGUAUCAAAUGGACACCAUCUCUUGUCUUUUCAGCAUCAGUUGAAGACUUCUUUUUCAACAUGUCUUCUAAGUGGACAUUUAUGUCUGAGUUUUUAUCUGCAACUGAUCUGAAAUUGUUUUUAUAUGUGAAGUUGUCCUGUAUAUGAAUUUAUUAUUACAUUGUAAAAUUGCUUGAGAAGCUUCAUUGGAAGUGAUGCAUAAAAUGAAAUAAUAAUGCUAAUUAAUAAUAAUAGGUAAUAACAAUAAUAAUUAGCAAUAGGAGUCUCUUUUGUGUGGAACGCUGUUGAAAGUUCUGUUACUAACUGUACAUGCUUUUAAAAAAUGAGUCAGUGGGAAAGCAUUUGAUUGAUAAUUCUGAAGGUGUUUUGCAAUUUAAUUUGAGUUUAUAAAGAAGGAUGAACUUUGUUUUCUUUCAGAUCUUAAAGCUUGGAGGAAUUGCCCAUUUUCUGAGCAAACUGAUGGAUCCACCAUCACGUGAUGCUGUGUUGUUAUCCAUAAAAAAUCUCAUGCAGCUGGUAUUUUUUUGUUUAUUUCCUAUACUAAUAUUUUAUUUUAUGUGACCAAUUUGUAUAGCAGCCUUCUUCCAUAGAACUCGGGGCAGUUCACAACUUGUUCAGGCUUGAGAAUGUUCAUUCAUGGUACUUAGAAAUCAUUCAGAAAACUGAGCAAUUACAAAUGUUUACUGUAGAUAUUGUCUAAGCUUUAUACAUGAUUUUAGUAUCUAAGGCAUGGAAAACAUCAAACACUUGAAGUCUUAAUUUAAUAAACUUCUUUUUGUACUAAGAAGUGUAGUUUAAAUCUUAGUGCAAUUUAAAAUUGAACUUCACCCAAAUCAAAUAAUAUCUAGUUUUGACUUGGAAAGUACUGUUUUCCUAAUUUUUCUAAUGACAGAUUUAGCUAGAAAAAUCAGGACAUUGAAAUGGAAUAAGAUAAUGAAUUUUUACACUGGUUAAAGCACAAUGGGCAGUGCAUGCUCAUUUUGCUGCAAUUGUUCAGUUGGUAUUUUAUUAAAAUUCAAAUAAGCUUUGAGGACAACAGUAAAAAUCACCUAUUAUUAUUAUUAUUAUUAUUAUUAUUAUUAUUAUUCCCUGUCUUCUUCCCUGACGGGACUCAAAACAACUUACAGAUAAAAAGAAAAACUGCUAAAACAGAAAAAUCAUUUAAAUAAUUAAAACUAUAUACAUACGUAAAAUCUGUUUAAAAUAUACCAAUAAUUACAUUAAAAACUUCACGGCACCAGCCCUUUAAUUAAAAGCAGUCAAUUCCUAAAAGCCUGUUGGAACAAGAAAUUCUGGUGCUCAGAAUUUUGUGUCUUGAUGAUUUGCUAAUUUGUGUGUACGUUCAUUAAUUUGGAGUAGUAUAUGGCAUCUGGGUACUUUUAAAGCAAGCAUCUUGCUGAGCGAUAGAAAACUGAGGCAAUGAGUCUAAAGACUUACGGAGAUUCUAACAGUGGAUGGGGUUUCAGCACCCUCACCCUGGAUACCUACCUGCGUUGUCUUCAUGAUUAUUGCUCACAGUUUUCCUCAACCCUGUUUAUUCCAGUACAUAUGCUACUCUUCUCUGCUGUCCCAACCUUAUUGCUGAAAAUCGUAAUUACCGUAUGUAAGCAGGCUGUGCUAUUCUAAAUAAAUGUGAAACUAAAUUUCACUGUACCUUAAAACUUAAAAAACUUAAAAGCUUCUUUAACAUGGAUUUCAGCCAAAUUCUGCUAUUCUUUUUCAUUGUUUAUGUUCUUCCUUUUUUGUGUCUUCCCUUUAACAGAAUGCCUUGGAUAGGCAAGAAGAAUUGACUCCCCUUGGAGUCCAUUUGGCGCGAUUACCAGUGGAGCCACACAUAGGAAAAAUGAUUCUCUUUGGAGCUUUAUUCUGUUGCUUAGAUCCUGUUCUCACUAUUGCUGCCAGCCUCAGCUUCAAGGACCCUUUUGUCAUUCCCUUGGUAAAGUAUUUAUAGAGAGCGUUAAAAGUAAUUUUUGUUUUAAUUUAAAUUUUUGUUUUUUGAAGAUGAAGCCUUUAAUUUCAGAAAGAUUUCCCCCCCUUGUAAUGUGCUAUGUUUUAGUCUUACAGCAAAUUGCACUUAGUUUUUCUUGGUUAUAUCUCCUGAGUCUUUCUUUCUUCUUUUUAAUACACAGAUUAGUCCAACUUUGUGUAUUUUUCUCUUAAGGGUAAAGAAAAAGUAGCAGACGCAAGAAGAAAGGAACUGUCAAAGAGUUCUAAAAGUGAUCACCUCACCAUUGUGAAUGCUUUCAAGGUAGAUAAUGUGAUCCAUUGACCAACAGUGGUCUGCAAAUUUCAUGGUGGUUCCCUGGCAUUCCUGGGUAUUUGUUUGAAGAUGUGAGACAGCAUAUCCAUUGCAUGGAACAGUCAUUUUCAUUGCUGCUUUUAUUAAUAUAUUGUAAACUAUUGCAUUACAAUUUGAAUUCUAUGAAAUUACAAUUGUUGCAACAGGCAGAAAAGUCGUUAAAUGGUCUGCCAAGACCCUCAGCAAUUUUCAACUUGUCCACGACGGGGUGAAGUUUGGGAAGCACUGUUCUAGUUGAUAGGUGGUGGAUUCACAGGGGGAACAUCAUUUAUUAAAUAAAUAAUAUAAAGAGGAUUCAAAUAUUAGCAUAAACAGGUCACAUUGCACAGAGAUGAAAUCUUCACGGUCCAUACUUGAUUUACUAGUAGUGGUGACAAACUAGUAUUAAACCCAAGCUGGGGGACAGAGCCUAGGACUUGCCGAUCAGAAGGUCGGCGGUUCGAAUCCCCGCGAUGGGGUGAGCUCCCGUUGCUCGGUCCCUGCUCCUGCCAACCUAGCAGUUUGAAAGCACAUCAAAGUGCAAGUAGAUAAAUAGGUACUGCUCUGGUUUGCCAGAAGUGGCUUAGUCAUGCUGGCCACAUGACCCGGAAGCUGUAUGCCGGCUCCCUCGGCCAAUAAAGUGAGAUGAGCGCCGCAACCCCAGAGUCGGUCACGACUGGACCUAAUGGUCAGGGGUCCCUUUACUUUACCUUUAUGCAUUUAGUAUGGAGAUCAUAGAAUAAUGGAAUUGUAUAGUUGGAAAGGACCCUGAGCGUCAUCUAAGUACAACCUCCUGCAAUUCAGGAUUGAUCUCAACACUUCCCCCCCCAUCCAAUUUGAAGCCAUUCUGGACCCUGUGACUAGAAUUCUGGACCCUGCUUAGCUUUGCAAAUGUGCUAGCAGUUUAACUGAUGCACCACUAGGAGGGUAUUACUAGUAGGUUAGCUUUUUAUGCCAAGUUUCAUUGUUUUCUGCUGUGAUUUGCUCUAAACAAUUUUAAUAUAUGGGUCUAAUUUUAAUCCUGUAUCUCCUCCAACUUGCAGUUCAUGAAGUGUUUCUUCCUCUUGUUUUGGAGACCAGGAUUAAUUAUUGCCGUUCUAGAGCUUUUCCCUUUACACAUAGUGGAAUAAGGAAGUGAUAUGAAUGGUAGCUUCCUUUUAGCUGCUGAAUUAGUUCUAAUCUGGAUGUCUUGGCUUAAUACAGCUCUGUGAAAGGAAUGAAUGCACUCCAUAUUAUUUUUUUAGGUCACUCUUAUUGUGACACUUCAUAUUUCACUUCUUUACUACUCUAUAAAAUGCUUUGUAAUUCCAUCUGGAAUUCAAAUCAGGAAGAUAGAAAAAUCAGAUUCAGUUCAGUUCCAGUUUUCCUUUAAAAGGACCUAUACUAAAUAAUAAUAAUAAUAAUAAUAAUAAUAAUAAUAAUAAUAAUUGUGCUUUCAGGGUUGGGAAGAAGCCCAGCGACGUGGCUUCAGGUGUGAGAAGGAUUAUUGCUGGGAGUAUUUUCUUUCUUCAAAUACUCUGCAGGUAAUAGUUGUUUGUCUCUGGCGAGAAAACCUACACUUUUGAAACAGAUUUAGUUUGACAUUAUCUGUAAGAACAAAUUGAUCGAUUCAUGCUGUUCUCUAGAUGCUGCGUAACAUGAAAGGGCAGUUUGCUGAACAUCUCCUUGCAGCUGGGUUUGUGAAUAGUAGAAGCCCCAGAGAUCCCAAAUCCAACACUAACUCAGGUAAAUUCUGAAGAGGAGCAAUGCACCAGAUACGCUUUCAGUUCUCCCUUUGUGAAUUGUUGAUUCACUUGGCUGUUUUCUUUUCUAGACAAUGAGAAGCUACUCAAAGCUGUUAUUUGUGCUGGCUUAUAUCCAAAGGUUGCAAAGAUCCGAGCAAACUUCAGCAAAAAGAGAAAAAUGUAAGGCUUUUUCUUCUCCAUGCUCUUUUACCAAGGAUGUGUGUGUGAAUAUAUUAAACAAGGGUUUCUACAUAGUUGGAAGAAGGCUGGAAUAUAUUUUUCCUUGUGUUGCUAACUAUGUAGUCUAGGAAUACUUGAGUUCUAGGGGAGCAUGUGAUUAUUUCCCCCCUCCUCCCCCUCCACACACUCAGGUGAGACAACAGAUUGGGCAGGUGAUACUUGGGUUAAUUUUGGGAUUCUGCAGCUCCAGAUGAACAGAAAUUUUGUGGAGAUCAUCCCAAGUGAGAACCACAAAUUUAUUUAUUAAUUUUUUUACACUGCUCUUUUGGCUAGAAGAGUCCAUUGUGUCUGAAAUAGUGGUCCUUUCUGUAAGGCAUGCUUAGCACAAUAACCAGUAUGCAGAUUGCUCUUUCCUAUUUGAAUUGAGCAAAAUGUAAUAGCAUAGUUUUGCCACUAGGUGGAGCCACAAAUAAAAAUUUAAGACUGAAUAAGCAGAGUUCUCUUGAUCCAGUCUCCACAAUCUAUGUUUUAUUUGGUAGAUGGCUAGCAAAAAUGAAUUGAUUAUAUUUUGCUUUGAUGCUAAGCCCUGGACUGGAUAAGUCACUAAUAAUGAUGAUAGAAAAUGGCUUUCCGUAUAUCAAACACUUAUUUUCCUCUUGUUUUGAAAAUGUGUUGGGUUUCAAAAGAGAAAUUGAAAUGAGGAUAGUAUCUGAAUGCUAAAUAAGAUGCUAGACUAAAUAACUGAGCACCACUUAACUUAGAAGUUUUUAAGAAAACAAGUAAGACUGUGAAAGUUUAACUCUUUAUGAGAACUAUAAGAUUAUGAAACAUUGAAGAGAUAUAAGAAUUUAAAUAAGAUGAUAAAUUGCUGACAAAAUGUUAUAACGAUGAAAGUGGGAGCGGGGGGAUGUGAGGAAGUCCAAAGAAAAUGUGAAACUAUGUUAAGACAAAUGUUAUAUUGUUUAUUAUGUUUAUUUUUAUUGUAAAACCCAAUAAAUUGCUUUAAAAAAAAAAAUGAAAUGAGGAUAGUAUCAUAGAUAGGACAGUAUAAUUUUGCUUUUCCCAUCACUGGGAUUAUCCUUUAUGCAAGCAAUAUACUCUUGCUCAGAAUGAAAAAGGGAACAGAGCACACAAAUUGCAAUGAAGUUCAACUGAUAACCUUAUUAUUCUUUAAUUAAUAUAACACAAAUCUUUAAAGUAAUCUGAUAUUGUAGUCUGAUUUUGAAGUGGAACUUUUUAAAGUAUAGAUGCUUAAAAUCCUUCUUGUUUUUCCUUCCAGUUCUUGCCUAAAUAUCUUGCAGCAGUAUCUAAUUUAGAAAUUGCUGAUAGCCCUAAUGGCACAUUACAAGUCUCUUUUUGAAGAGCAGUUAUCUUAAAUCUUUGAACGUAUGUGCAUGUUAUUCCUUUGUAGCUGAAUUAUAAGUGAUUUGUCUGUGUCUUAAGGGUUAAAGUUUCCACUAAAACAGAUGGAACAGUUUACAUUCAUCCCAAGUCUGUCAAUGUUGAAGAGACAGAAUUCCAUUACAACUGGCUUGUUUACCAUUUGAAGAUGAGGACAAGCAGCGUAAGUGAAAAUUUAUUUUGUAUUGCUUUAAGCAUAAAUGUGGGUGUAUUUUAAGUCACAGUCUCCACAGUCUGUUCUGUUGAAGCAAUUACAGUCUUAGUUAGCUUAACUAGUCUGGUCUGUACGCAGCCCCACUCACUUCAGUUAUCACUGCACUUUACAAGGGGCCUCGAAAUGACAACUCCUGGUUGAGAGAUGGCGAUAUAGGUAGCUUUUAAUGCUUCAUUCCUGUUCUGUGCCCUCCCUUCUCCCUCCUGAUGCCUGCCGCUCACAGUGGAAUUCUUCAGAUUCUCAUGUCCUCCAUGCUGCUUGUGAUCUUACGACUGUCAUUCCAGAAGGGAGGAGAGCACAUUGAGAAGCACAGCCCAUGCAAUGCAAAAGGCUGUAGUGUUGUUUUUGUUUUUUACAGGCCUAGGGAUAUCACAUAUUUUAGCUAUGCCUUAUGACUACUCUUGUUUCUAGUCAAGGAAGAGCAGCAAAUCUUUGCUCAGCACUUGUUUGUAUGUAAUGCAGCUUACUGUGGGAGUGAAACUUUUCACAAUUAAAAAAAUAGUAAUUGUCCUGGCUUCGCAAAACCUUGAACCUGAAGUGUUUUCCAGUGAUUGCCACAUUAUUAAUAUUUCACUUCAUAGGAACUACACACAAGUUUAAAACCAAGUAACUUGAGAUCCCAUUUUCAGUAUACACUGGAAUAUUCUCGUGCCCUAUUUUGAACGUGGUAACAUAGCUUAUAUGUGCUGAAUGCAUUCCUUGUUACAGAUAUACCUGUAUGAUUGCACAGAAGUCUCUCCAUACUGCCUUUUGUUCUUUGGGGGAGAUAUUUCUAUUCAGAAGGACAAAGAUCAGGAUACAAUUGCUGUGGAUGAGUGGAUUGUUUUUCAGUCUCCAGCAAGAAUAGCACAGCUAGUGAAGGUGAGUGGGCUGCCCAUUUCAUUUUCAGAUUUUCUUCUACACAAACAACUGCCCUGCUCCUGGAACAGCUUAUAUAGUAUGGUGUCACAAAAACAUUUCUUUCUCUUUUUUUAAAGUUAACGUCUGCUUAGAUUGCUGUGUUGUAAUUUCCUAUAAAGUAUAAACUUGAAAGAUCUUUUCAGGCAUUUCAUUUUGGAGAGAACUGUCAUUUUAGGAUUUCAUGUGAAAUGCUCUCUCCUUCCUUCCAAGUGGGGGCGGGGGCGGGGCGGAAUGAAUUAAUCAACAGGGAGAUACUACAUUUAUUUCUUUGUGAUAUUUUCCUGCUCCACCAGAUCUGUUUCCAGAAAAAGGCACUUAAAGUGGAGUAAUCAGAGAGAAUCAAUGUUUAGAUAAGCAGUGUACAGCCCUGUUCAUUCAGUCCCCCACCUGUACCUUGAGAUAGAUGAAAUACAAUCAAGCACCAGAUUUUAAUGCCAGAUGGAUAGCUUUUGUCUGAAAGGGGUUGGGGAAGAAGUACAAUAGGAUCUUAAAAACUAAAACAUUUCACUUAUUUAUCAAAUAUCAACCACCUUAUGUUAAAUUAAGACUGAACUUAUCUGAUUGAUGUUCAAAAAUAAUUGCCUUUUUAUUGAGUUUUGCCUCAUUUUUUUCACAUUAGUCUUUUCUUGGCCUAUAUCAGCUAUUUUUAUUGUUACUGUUAAAAAGUGCUAUCAAGAGUGAAGUUGUAAAUUUAACAAGAUGUGAAAAUAUGCAGUUUAACUAAACCACAACUUCAACUAUUAUUUCAGCUUGAAAAUGGGAUUCUUUUAAAGACAUUGGGUUGUAUCCAAAUUCAUUAUUAAAGUAGAUGCAUUGAAAUUAAGGGACAAUGCUAACUUCCUUCCAUUAAUUUCAGUGGGCUUCCUCUGUCUAUAACUUAAGUUGGAUACAACCCAUUGACUCCUUAGGCAAUUCUUUUUUUAUCCUUAUGAGAAACUUACUUUGUUUCAAAGUGCUUUAUAAAGUACAGUUCUUGAAUAACUCGAAACAGAUAAAGCUGUACCUAAAGUAAGUUACAUUUAACUGGGCAGAAAAGAGCUAGUUAAAUUUCCAAGAGGUUUGACACACAUUCUUAGCAAAAUGCAGAAUAAUGAAAGAGAAUAAUACAUUUCAUUUCCAAGUAUGUAUUAAGUUUUUGACACUAUAGAAAAAUAGAAUGACUUUCGAAACUUUCUGCCCUGGGUUUCUUUCUGAACCAACAUCCUUUUAUCCACAGGAUUUGAAAAAAGAAUUGGAUGACCUUCUACAAGAGAAAAUAGAAAACCCACAUCCUGUGGACUGGAACAAUACUAAAUCAACUGACACUGCACUGCUGACAGCCAUUAUAGACUUAAUCACAACACAGGAGAAUGAAACUGCCAGAAACUCUGCCCCCCGUUUCCAGAGCGAAGAAUACAGUUAACACUGUUCCUUUUGGCCGCUGAAGAGAUGGCAGCUCCACCAGUUCAUUGUUGACAGUUUAUCUUUGGGCAUCUUGGAAUUUCAUUUUUAGUAUCGGUAGUUCAUAACGGCUGUGUAUGGCGUUCAUUGUAUAAAGUAGCUGUUUAUCUAGUUGCCAGUGCUGCAUAGUUGUAUUCUGCAUGUAUGACGCUGCUUCUUGAGGACUGUCAUUGUCAGGUAAAAAGAUGGAUGAAACUGAACACGAACUGAUUUUUUUUUUUUUAAACGUUCUUCUGGUGUUUACACUGUUUUUCUGCUAACUGUGGAAUUGUCACUUUAAGAAAAGUGAUUCACGUUAGUAGCUAGAAGCCCCUUUUUGUCCAUUAACCUUUUAUUUACAUUCUGGAGUUACUAGUAAGGGCAUGCUGCUGAGAGUGAAACAACCAAAGUCAUCACCCCAAAGAGAUGUACGAGGGCUGCUGUGUCAAAAGCAUUGUCACAUUUUAAAUAAAUGCUUGAUGUUUAGAUCUUUCUAAACAUAAAUACUCCUAUUCAUCUAUGGGCCAUAGGGUGGGAAAUCGUAUUUGAUGCUCCAGAAGCUACAGCUGCACAUGCCUAGAGACCUGGGUAGAUACUCUAAAUACCAGCAAUCGGCUUUGGAAUGGGAGCAGGAUUUAGUCUCUAACCUAGACAAAUAAUGUAGUUUUGAGACGGGGGCUUGCAAUAGGCUCUUUCAUUCCAGUGGAGCUUAAGUGUACAUGAACUGUACACUGAGUAGCUGUUUCAGUGAUGCAAAGAUUUUUUUGAGUUUCUUUUGGAAUACUUUAUCAACUCAUGUGUCUUUAUUAAAUGCCUAUAUGCUAGCCAUUUUCAUAUGCACAUUAUUACUGCGUGCACUGCAUUGCUGUUUAAAAUCGCAGGAAUCUCCUGCAAGAUCUGGAACUGGCAGCUUCUAGUUGAAGAUUUCAAAUUAAUAUUGAAUAGAAAACAUAAGCAAAUGCAGAGCAUUUCGUAAAACUCACGCAGACAAUAUGUGGCUUGCUCACAGGACCUUUCCUAAACCAGUUACAAAAAUGGUUGUCACAACACUUCACUGCCUCCCCCAAAUGUUCCUAUAGGUUGCAAUGGAAGUUUUAAAUUUAGUUGUAGAAAUA